AAAUUGUCUCCAAUUUUUGGCUAUCGGUGCUUUAAACAAACAGUUGGUUUUCUUUUACACAAGAGACGACGUCCACCAAAAAGUGAAGAAGUUCAAUUUGAACGAUUUGAAUAUAAUGGCGCAAAGUGAAGGUACUAUUGAAACAUCCGAGGGUGCACCCGAUUUGCUGGCAAAGGGUUUUGUUGACUUAUAUCGACCGUCUCUGGAGAAAAUCGAAAGCGAUUUGAAGGAACUUACGAAUAAGCAGGAAAAAAUUCAUGAUGACCUGACUGUCGAGAUGGAAAAAAUAUCCGAUGAUAAGUUAGCAGACAUACAAAGCAUGAUAAUGAAAAUGAAAACUUACAAAGAAAAAUUGGUUGCAAUCAAACGACAAAUGGUACACAUUCAUCACAGAACACGAAAUUUGAAGAGACGUUCCAUAACACUCCAAUCGUUUAAGCAAGCAGAGGUGGACGCAAAAAUUCAAAAGCGACACCGCGAGGAACAUCUGAUUGCAGGAAAUCCCACCACUGAAAGUAGUGCAACAGUAAAUUCAGACCCAUCGUCGAAUGCAUCUUAACACUAUUAUUAUACGAUGUUUGUUGUAAAUAUUAUAUGGAUUGUUGGUUGCACAUAGUUUA